AUGUCAGAUACCGACACGAAGCCCAAGAAGAGAAUCUAUCUCAAUGCCUUUGACGCCUGUACGGUCGGUCAUACCAGCCCCGGACAAUGGCGGAACCCUAUCGACCACUCGGCAGAUAAACGUGAUCUCGACUACUGGCUGGAGACGGCAAAGCUACUAGAGAAGGGAAAAUUUCUUUCCUAUUUCCUGGCUGACACGGUGGGAGGCUUUGAUGUGUACAAAGGAAGUCGGGAUCCUGCCAUCAAGAUAGGCUCUGAGUUUCCUGUCACGGACCCUUUCGUUCCCAUCUCAGCCAUGGCUUCCGUGACGAAGUCACUGGGUUUCGGCGUCACCGCAUCGACAAGCUACGAAAGACCAUUCUUACUGGCACGCCGCUUCUCGACUCUAGAUCACUUCACGAAAGGCCGCAUUGGGUGGAACAUUGUGACAUCUUGGAAUAAGGCUAGCGCUCUGGCGAUGGGGUUGACUGACAUUGUCCCUCACGAUGAGCGUUAUGAGGCAGCCGAUGAGCUCCUAGGACUUCUCUAUCAACUUUGGGAGUCAUCCAUUGCCGAUGACGCACUGGUCAAGGACAAGGAGUCGGAGACGUAUAUCGAUCCGUCCAAGGUCCGGACUAUCAAGCACGAGGGCAAAUAUCACAAACUGGAAAGCCCAUUCAUAGUUGAUCCAAGUCCUCAAAGGACGCCGUUCCUCUUUCAAGCCGGGACAUCCACUGCUGGCUCAGCCUUCGCAGCGAAACAUGCCGAAGCUAUCUUUAUAGCCGGGCACGUCCCAGGCACCUUGGCCCCAAAGGUUGCAAAAAUCCGACAGUUGGCGGCUGACUUAGGCCGCGAUCCUCAGACCUUGAAGUUCUUCCAGUGUCUGACGCCGAUCUUGGGAGAGACAGACGAGGAUGCCCAGAGGAAACUGGCCGACAUCAAGAAGUACCAGUCCAUCGAGGGCGGUCUCGUCAUAUUCAGCGCGUUUACAGGCAUUGACCUCAGUAAAUAUGACCUUGACGAAGAGAUCAAGCCUGAAGAUAGCAAAUCAUCUGCUAUUAUUCAAUCAGCUUUUAGCAAUCUCUUCAAUGAGGAGCAAGGCACGGGAAAAUGGACCCCGCGACGGGCUGCGGAGGAGUUGUCGAUUGGUGGUAACGGGGCCGUACUUGUCGGAAGCCCACAGACGGUCGCAGACGGUAUGGAGAAGUGGGUCAGAGAAGCUGAUGUUGACGGCUUCAACUUAUCUCCCGUGUUGCAGCCGCAAUCUUGGAAGGAUAUUGUCGAGCUACUUGUCCCUGAGUUGCAGAGACGAGGAAUCUACUGGAACGACUACGAUGUUCCCGGAGGUACACUGCGGGAAAAUGUCCUGGGCAAAGGAAACAGCCGCCUAAGGAGUGAUCACAUAGGAAGUACCUAUUUCUUUAAGAGUCAAUAA